UCGGGCGACGUGCUGGUCAAUGGCAAGGUGCGCGACGAGACGUUCAGCUUGGUGGCGUCGUACGUGCAGCAGGAGUACGCGCUGCAGACGCCCUUCACGGUCAAGGAGACGAUGGCAUACGCGGCGGACCUGCUCAUCCCCCACUCGGAGAGCACAAGGGAGGAGCGGAGGAUGCGGGCGGAGAACGUGACGCACGUGCUGGGGCUGGACUCGUGCAACAACACCAUCGUAGGAGACGUGUUCCGCAAGGGGCUGAGCGGAGGGCAGCUCCGCCGCCUGUCGAUCGCGGUGGAGCUGGUGCGGAACCCCUCCAUCCUUCUGCUGGACGAGCCGACGUCAGGCCUCGACUCGGCUGCGGCAGAGAACAUCAUGCAGCACUUGUCGCACCUGGCCAAGAUGGGGACGACGGUGGUGUGCACUAUCCACCAGCCUCCGUCAGAGGUGUGGGCCAACUUCGACAAGUUCCUCCUGCUGUCUAGGGGCAAGUGCCUCUACUUCGGGACGGCGAGCACGACGGUGGACUACUUUGCGCGCAUGGGGUAUCCCUGCCCGAGCCAGUCGAACCCGGCAGACUUCUUCCUGAGGCUGGCCAACACGGACUUCGAGGGUCACGCGGACAUCGAGGCGCUCUCGAAAGGCUUCAAGACCCAGCCCGAGGGCAUGGCGCUCGCGGCGGGAGUUGCCGCUCCCAUCCAGCACGAGAUCCAUCCGCACAAGAAGACCAACGGGUUCCUGGUGCAGCUGAUGAUUCUGUCGCACCGAGCCUUCUUCAACAACGCGCGUAACCCGGGUAUCUUCCUCGUCCGCCUCAUCAUGUACGCCAUGCUGUGCGCGAUCAUCGGCUUCAUGUUUUGGAACCUCCAGCUGGGGCCGUCGGACAUCAACAGUCGCAUCACCAUGCUCUUCUUUGUUGCUGCGUUCCUCACCUUCAUGUCGGUGGCGGUGCUGCCCUUCUUCAUCGUGGAGCGAGCUGUGUUCCUACGCGAGCGAGCCAACGGCUGGUAUGUGGUGCCGGCCUAUGUGCUGGCGACGUUCUUCAUGUCAUUGCCCGGGCUGUUCAUGAUCGCCCUGCUGAGUACGAUCCUGGUGGUGCUGCCGUCGGGGCUCACGGGCUUUGGCAUCUUCCUUCUCGACCUCUUCCUUGCGCUGAUGGCAGCUGAGGCGUUCAUGUGCGUGGUGGCGUCGGUGGUGCCUCACUACAUCAUCGGGAUCGCGCUGGGGGCAGCGGUGUACGGCUUCUUCAUGUUGUGCGAGGGCUUCAUGAAGAUCAAGGACGACAUCCCGGACUACUUCAUCUGGGGGUACUACAUCGCGUUCCACACGUACGUGUUCAGGGCGUUCAUGGUGAACGAGUUUGAGAACAUCGACUACUUUGUCAACAGCCCGCAGUUUGCGGACGGGAAGGCGGUGCUGAAGUUCUACAACAUGGAGGACAAGCCGGUGUGGAAGGACCUACUGAUCGUGCUGGGGUAUGCGAUUGGUCUGCAGCUGAUCUUCGGGACGAUCCUGCAGGUGUUCCACAAGGGGAAGCGGUGA